AUGCACUCGGCCAUCGAGGCCGUGGAGGGCAGGCCCGACAAGAAGUGGUUCGAGAAGUUCAGCCUCGAGAACGCGGCGAAGGGGAACGCCAUCUACCAGCACCUGCGGGGCGGGGGCCACGAGCCCGCCGCGCAGGGGGCCGUGAGCUUCGGCGGCGGCGAGAGCGUGCUGCUGGAGUUCGCGACCCUCUACCUCUCCCCCUGCUCCGGCUUCGACGCGGACCAGGCCGCGCUGUUCCCGUUCCGCCGCGGCAGGCCCGACGACCCCGUGCUGCCCGCGCACGAGGGCCGCGCCUUCACGUCUGCUCAGGUGUGCUUCAAGGUGACCUGCAAUGCGACGAAUCCCGGCGAGGGCGUGUUCAUCGUGGGUUCCUCCCCGCAGCUGGGCGACUGGGACCCCGCGAAGGGGGUCGCAUGCGCCACGACCACAGAGACCUUCCCCGUCUGGACCUCUGAGCCCGUGUCGAUGCACACGGCCGCGGAGUUCAAGAUUGUUGUGCAGCACGCCGAGAGGAGAGACGGCGCCAGGUGGGAGGGCGGCGGCAACAAGUCCGUGGAGGGGGCCGCGCUCGCUGGCGCCGACUCUCUGACGCUCUCCUGCAGCUGGGGCGGCCUGGAGGUGACGGCCACGAGGGCUUGA